AGCGACGAGCCGGGGACACAGCGCGGAUCUCUCAGGUAGCUCCAGCCGCCUCUUCGGGAACUUUUGCUCCUCUGUCAGACAUUGAUUUAGAUCCGUGGAGGGAAGUCAGGGAUCUGUGAUUGAGAUCGUCAGUGAUUUCCGGUAGCCAGAUCCCAAACAGAGGUGCUAUUGAUUUCCAGCAACAGUAGCAGAGUGGCUGCUGUCCAGGGAGACGGAGAGAGGAGGAGUUUGGAAAGUUAACAUCACCAUCACUCAGCGGGACUCAUGCUCAAAAAGGUGCAGACCAGCUUAGUUGUCUCUUCCUCUUGAUCACUCUGCGGAAGGCAGCAGAAGAGGUCUGGAUGCAGGUUGUAUAUUGGCUGCUGUGCCUUGGCCUGGCAAGUGCAGCCUCUGUGCUGCAGAGGGACCAGGUGGCCAAGAAUGCUAUCCACCUCUACCGGAGCAAGGGGGUCAAACAAGGCCACAGCUGGGUGGCCAACAACUGCAAGCGCAUGGUUGGUCUCCUGCGUCAGAAGAAUGUGGUUGUCAAGAAGCUGACUGCCGCUGCCGAUGCUGUUGGAAGAGACCUGGCGCUGUCGGAGGCCGAGAGGCACUUCCAGGUUCACACCCUGGAGGUUUUCCAGAAAGAGCUGAAUGAGAGUGAGCACCUGGUGUUCCAGGCGGUGCACAGCCUGCAGAGGGCGCUGCAGGGCGACUACAAGGACGUGGUGAACAUGAAGGAGAGCAGCAGACAGAGGCUGGAGGCUCUCAGGGAGGCGGCCAUUAAGGAGGAGCAGGAGUACAUGGAGCUGGUGGCCGCAGAGAAGCACCAGCAGGAGGCUUUGAAGAGCGCUUUGGCACAGAACAAGACUCUGUCCAUGCUGGAUGAAAUCCUGGAGGAUGUCCGGAAGGCAGCAGACCGACUGGAGGAGGAGAUCGAGGAGCACGUCUUUGACAACAACAAACAGAUGAAAGGAGUGAACGUAGAGGCAGUGCUGAGAGUGGAGGAAGAUGAGGAGAACGGAGGGAAGAGGAAAAACAAGUCCAGGCACAAGGUAGUGGAGGAUGACAUGGGGCUGAGCAUGCUCAUCGACUCGCAGAGCAACCAGUACGUUCUAACUAAACCACGAGACUCCACGAUGCCGAGAGUUGACCACCACUUCAUCAAGGACUUGGUGACCGUGGUGAUGCUGUCUUUACCUUGCGGCUGGAUCUGCUCUUUAGUCGGUCUGCCUCCAAUGUUUGGAUACGUCAUCUGUGGGGUUCUGCUGGGUCCUUCUGGCCUCAACAGCAUCAGGUCGAUGGUGCAGGUGGAAACGCUUGGGGAGCUGGGUGUGUUCUUCACUCUCUUCGUGGUGGGACUGGAGUUCUCACCUGAGCGCCUUCGAAAGGUUUGGAAGACGUCAGUUCAGGGGUCGUGCUACCUGAGUCUGCUGAUGGUGGGGGCCGGUUUGUUGUGGGGACAAGUCUUGCAUAUUCGUCCCACACAGACGGUCUUCAUCUCCACCUGUCUCUCCCUGUCCAGCACACCACUCGUGUCCCGCUUCCUCGCAGGAGGGAGCAGAGUGGACAAAGAAGGUGACUCGGACUACAGCAGUGUUCUUCUUGGGAUGUUGGUGAUGCAGGAUGUUCAGCUUGGCCUCUUCAUCGCUGUAAUGCCGACUCUGAUCCAGGCACAGAGUGGAGACAUGGACAGCCUCCUGUUGGAAAGCCUCCGCGUGCUGUACCUCCUGCUCCAGGUCCUGGCGUCCCUGGCUGCUGUGCUGCUGCUGUGUUUGUUUCUCAAGAAAUUUGUGAUUGGUCCGUAUUACAAGAAACUGCACGCUGAGAGCAAAGGCAACAAGGAGAUCCUGGUGCUUGGGAUGGCAGCGUUUGUCUUUUUCAUGCUGACGGUAACAGAGUAUCUUGACAUUUCCAUGGAGCUAGGCUGUUUCCUGGCUGGAGCAUUGCUGUCCACACAGGGUCACAUGGUCACCACAGAGAUCACGGGAUGCAUCGAGCCAAUCAGGGAUUUCCUCGUUAUCAUCUUCUUUGCCUCUAUUGGUCUCCACGUGUUCCCUACAUUCGUGCUGUAUGAGCUCACCAUCCUGCUGGUGCUUACAUUCACUCUCGUCAUUAUGAAGUUUUUCAUGGCUGUGGUGGUGCUCUCGGCGAUCCUACCUCCGGGCCUUCGACACAUUCGAUGGAUCGUCUCAGCCGGACUCGCGCAGGUCAGCGAAUUCUCCUUCGUCCUGAGCAGCCGUGCACGUCGAGCUGGCAUCAUCUCCAGAGAGGUGUACCUGCUGAUUCUCAGUGUCACCACUCUGAGUUUACUGCUGGCUCCGGUGCUAUGGAGAGUAACCACACACAGAUGGGUUCCCCGGGUCGAGCACAAAACAGUCCUAUGAACAGAGAGCGGCCUCAGGGCCCCAGCAGCCCCUGUGUGCACUGACUGUUACUCAGCCGGCACGAGGAGCUGAAGUCAAGUCUUAUUUGUCCAGUGAGGAACUCUCUCAUGUUAACGCACACACGGAUAUGACGCAGACUGUUGGACCAAAUGUUUCUCUUUAUCGAUUCAGCAGAAGCAACCCUCUUCAUGCAGAGCGAGGAUCUUCAUCAGCUCCAUUCUGGCUUUGUUAUGAAAGACGUCUUCUUCAAGCAUGUACACUAGGUACAGUAGCAAUACGAUUAUUGUAUAAGGUCUUAUUUAAAACACAUUGUGUCUAGUUUUAGGUUAUAUUAAUGAAGUCGACACUCAUUCAUGUUUGCACAUUGAACCUCACGUUUGCCUUUCUUUAAUUGUGUCAAUCACAUGGACCAAAUCUGAGCUUUCAACUGUAUGUGGUGUUUUUCUUUUUAUGUGUUGCUACAUUUCCUUGAUAGGAUGAUUUAAGACGUCCUCCGUCUUUCCUUUAGUUGACACUACAGCUGACGCUAUUCAAAUUGAGCUUAUUAUGAAUGUCAGAUUCUGUUUCUGAUUGAAGUGCAAACCUUCUCUCUGCUGUUUUUAACAGAGGCUACAUGUAGUUUAAUCCGGAUUCUAUGUCUGUCCAUACAAUUGUGAUAGCUAAAUAUGCAGUAACCAUUUUUACAUAUCUCUAAUGUCUUGUUGAGAAUCAUGGUACCUGUCGCAUCAGUAUUUUAAAGGAAUGAAGUUAAUCAAGUAAUCGGAAUUUAGGCAGUACCUCACUAAAUUAUUUAAAUGUCAUGGGAAUUUAUUCAUUUGCAUUUAAGGAGACAUCCAGCACUGGUUACCACUGAAUGUCAAAACUAAUGAGCUAGCUCAUCACUCCUCUGCCCCAGCAGAGGAGAGACUGUAGGGGGCGUCAUCUCACUCUGAGAGAGCUCCUCUGAGCUGCAUCUCACACUGUACAUUUCCUUGUCGUACGAUUCAUAGUGUGCAAUGUUAAUGUGUGUAACACUACCACGUGUUACAAUUGAAUGUUUUCUGAUAUUUUCCUGCAUUAGAUUUACAUUGAGGGUAUUUGAGUUUAUGUGUGUGUGCGUUGGAUUAAAGCUCCUGAGCACAAAGACAUGAUGGGAUCAAAAUGUUCAUGUAUUUUUUAAAUUAUUGAAAUUAAGUGAUUUAUUUAUUAAAAAAUAGAAAACAAA